AUGACCUCACCCCCAUCCGAGGCCCCGACGUUGCGUCCUGCCGCAACCGCGUCGAGCUCCCCCACCAGAGCACCCCACCUCGCAAUCCCCGACGACCACCCGCUCGCUGCAGGCAAGCGCGGAACGCGUUCCACCUCCGACGCGGGUGGAAGGGUGCACACGCCGUCGUCAGCGGUUGCUGCCUCCGACUCCAUCUCGCCAACGUCACCGGGACUGGAGCGUGUCACGACAACUGGGAGCUUCAACGUGCCGGACGCAGACCUGCUCGGUAUUGGUCCCUCUCGCCCCGCGGCUAAUGGUCGGCGCGCGCGCGACUCACCAGCCCGCCCACGUUCAUUCCAUGCGCUGGACAGCCUGGCGCGCGAUGAGAUCACUCUCCUCGAUACCCGCUUCGAAGACAUGCCCGAGGCAGACCUCGCGUCCUUCCUCACACCUUUCGAGCGCGGGUGGGAGGCGUACCGUCCACAAGAACAGGAGGAGGAGCCUCUCUUCCCUCCGUCACCACCCGCGACGCAACGCGACCACCCCGUCAAAGUCCUAAGUCGGGCGGUGCGCGAACUUCGGGAAGUCGUUGCCCGGUUAGAACAAGAGAAUGCGCGGCUGCGGGGUGAGGAGCGAAGAACGAGCGAUACGCAGCGCAUACACGACUCCCUUGCCGACGCCCUCUCUACCUCCCUCGCCUCCCCGGCCCGCGGUGCACUAGCGUUAGCGCUGGCAGAACCACUUCCCCAAUCACAACUCAAGUCGGCAGUCCCGAUCCGUCCCAAAUCUCCAACACCCUCCCACGCCAGCAUCUUGAGCACCAAGAGCACACGCAGCACGCUGACACUGGAUCGUCCGCGCGGUGCCAGCGCGACCGGGCCAGAUCUCGCCUCACCGACGGCACGGCGGUGGGGGAUGAACAUGUGGGGUUGGCGACCGCAGCGGAAGAGCAAUGCGAGCGUCGCCCCCAGCGCCGUGGAAGAGGAAGACGAGUGGCGCCGCGGCGAUGGUGGGAGCACUCCGGCAUUGCGGGCCAUCUUCCUCGCCACUCGGAUCCUGACCCCCGACCCGGCGAGUAUCCUGUUGAGGGAGGCGGAGCCGCUCGUGGCCUCCCUUGCUCAUACGCUGGUGAGCGGGGCGCGCGACGCGGGCAUUAUGUCUCGCGAUCCACCUGGGCGGGCUCGGGCAAGAUCGCGUGCGGCGAGCGUAGGCAGCCAACAAGCGUCUACCUCUACUGCUGACGCUCACGGGUAUGGCGACCACGCCAUAGCCGCGACCGUGGCAGUCGGUCGCACGCUGCUCAAGCACGGCAAGGCGGCGAUCGAUGGCCUGGGGGAACCUGCCCGACCGAGACCCGCACUGCUGCAUCGCGCUUCGUCUCGCCCCUUCCCCACCACAGCCAUGGCGCAGGCCCUCCCUUCCCCUGACCACUCACCUAAUACCACGAGCCCGUCAGCAGACACGCCACCACCCAGCGUAGAGCUGAGCAGCAUUGUGCCAGACGAGACGAGGCCGCCGACGGUCUUGUUGUCGAGGCAGAAUCUCGGGUCCUUCUUCCAGAGCUCAAGGACCAAACUUACUACCGCGACGCGAUUCACGAGCGAUCAGCCGCCUCUUACCGAUCGGUAUGGCUUCAUAUACGACAUCCAGCACGCCAGCAUGUUGAAGGACGCGAGCCGCGUCGGCACGCCAGCGCCCAUGUCGCUUACGGGUCACAUCCCCGAGGCGCCGCGCAAGCCCACUCCGCCCCCCGCGCCGAAGGUGAAGCGCGCAGCCGCGUUGCCCUCCUCCCUCAACGUGCCAAUCGUGGACCACACGCCGGAGCGUCGCCAACACGAGCGCCGCCCAACAUUGACCUCGACGAAGAGCGACAAGUCCACGGCGACGCUAUCGCCUCAGCGCUCGCCGGCUGGGACGCCGCCCAAUGGGCGGGUAGACGGCACGCCGAGUCGAGCGCGGACACGCUCGUACGCGCCUGCUCCGAGCAAGCCCAUAACAGCGGCGGAGCAGGUGAGCGUCAGCGUGCGCGGCGCGUCCUCUGGCAUCGCAGACGGGAGCGCUUCCGCCGCCGCGGCAGCAGCCGCCUCGCGCCUCACCGUCUCGUCGUUGCUCGACCAGCUCACAGACAUCCACGACAAGCAGCAGCGCGCGCGCACGGCCGAGUGGGAUGCAUUCCUGCGCAAGCGCACGCGCGGCCGCCGCGGAAACCAGGAUGUCGGCGUCGGCGGCGCGCUCGCGCAGGUCGUCGCCCUGGGAGGAACCAGCAAGGGCGCAGAAGAGUACCGCGCAUUCUUGCGGCUCGUGCGCAAAGGCAUUCCGAUGCCGUACCGCGGCGAUGUGUGGGCCGAGUGCUCGGGCGCGCGCGACCUGCUCGUUCCCGGAGAGUAUGCCGAGAUUUUAUCCGUGCACAAGGACGACAGGAGCCCGGUCAUGACCGAGAUCGAGAAGGACGUCGGGAGAACGUUCCCGGGCAACGUGUUCUUCGGGGGUGACGGGCCGGGUGUCGCCAAGUUGCGGCGCGUGUUGACAGCGUAUUCGUGGCACAACCCCGCAGUCGGGUACUGCCAGGGCAUGAACAUGCUCACCGCGACGCUGCUCCUGACCUACGAGGACGAGGAACAAGCCUUCUGGGUACUUCACUGUAUCAUCGAACGCCUCCUCCCGGCCGACUUUUACUCGCCCUCUCUCCUCGGCUCGCGAGCAGACCAGCUCGUCCUCUCCGACCUCGUUACAGCACACCUCCCAAAGAUCUCUCAACACUUAGCGGCGCUCGGGGUCGACCUGACGGCCCUCACUUUCGGCUGGUUCCUCUCGCUCUUCACCGACUGCCUGCCCGUCGAGACGUUGUUCCGGGUAUGGGACGUGUUGCUGGUAGAGGGGCACGACGUGCUCUUCCGCGUCGCGCUCGCCGUUCUCAAGCUCAACGAAGCGGAUAUUUGUGCUUGUGAAUCCGUGGGGGAUUUGUUCUCUGCGAUUGGGGGGAUUACGAGCCGCCUGUGGAGUGCGGACAAGCUCGUCUCGCUGCAGCAUGGGUUCAAGCGUGCCGUGCAGACAAAGGAUGUGCUGGCGCUCACGGAGAAGCGGACGACCGAGCUGCAGGGCGAGAUGGACGGUUGGCGUGAGGGGAGUGAGGGGUGA